CCCUUCCCUCUCCUUUAUAUAUUGCACAGAGCUGGAACCCUAGACUCCACAGGCUUUAGCGAUUUCGGCAUCCAGCACGCAUCGUGAGUUCCAGCCUCCCUUGCCGGCGAGAAAUCACAUCAGUUAGAAAUGGCGGUCGCACUCCAUGAUGUCAAGUCCGCAGCCGGUUUGAAGAAACUGGACGAGUACCUGCUUAGUCGUAGCUACAUUAGCGGGUAUCAGCCAUCUAAGGAUGACGUUACCGUUUACGAAGCUCUCUCCAAACCCGUAUCCGGCGAAUAUGUCAACGUGUCUAGGUGGAGCAAUCACAUCGCAGCGCUCUUGAGAGUUUCUGCUGUUUUUGGAGAGGGUUCUGGCGUUAAAUUCCAAUCGGCGGAAGCAAUUGCAACCCCACCGGCCGCAGACGCAAAGGCUGCUGCUGAUGAUGACGACGAUGACGAUGAUGUCGAUCUCUUUGGUGAAGAGACUGAAGAGGAAAAGAAGGCUGCUGAGGAGCGUGCGGCUGCUAUCAAGGCUUCUGCAAAGAAGAAGGAGUCUGGUAAGUCAUCAGUUCUGAUGGAUAUUAAGCCUUGGGACGAUGAGACUGACAUGAAGAAACUAGAAGAGUCUGUUAGAAGCGUUGAGAUGGAAGGUUUGCUCUGGGGAGCAUCCAAACUUGUCCCUGUUGGAUAUGGUAUUAAGAAAUUGCAGAUAAUGCUCACAAUUGUGGAUGACCUUGUGUCUGUUGACACUCUCAUUGAGGAAUGUCUGACAGUUGAACCCAUUAACGAGUACGUCCAGAGCUGUGAUAUCGUAGCCUUCAACAAAAUUUAAUUUUGAGCUUUUCGUCAAGAAUUGAGAGCAUGUGGCUUCAAAGAUGUUCCGGAGUCUGGGGAAGAUGUUUUAUUAUUUGUUAACUGUCAUGUCUGUUUCUCGAUUCUAGCUCUUCAAACUUUAAUUGUCGUUUGACAUAUUUUUAUUUCCAUCUAUAUUUGCUUUGAAGUCAGUCAGUUUUGCCGUACUUGUUUCUACUGAUUUUGAAGAGAGGUCAUGGAAAUAAUCCACAGUUAUUAUGUUUCAUACUAGUAUGAGUGAAUUUUGCUUAUUUAAAUUGAUAACAUUUGGCAUA